ACUGCAGUUAAAAAAAGUAGCAAUUGGCAAAGCAAAAAUCUUCAUCAUUGACACUCCUAAUAAAAGUGAUUAUUUUUGCUCAUUUCUUAUUGAAGGCUGCCUGUGUAACUGCACUUUCUCAAAAAGGUAACGAAAAAGUAUUUUGGCCAGUCGAUUGGAGAAUAAGGAUUCUAGAUUGCCAGUAUCAUGCCACGUCGCAAGAACAUGAAUCACAAGGGUCGCAAUCGCCAGUUCACGCCAGUGGAUGAACUGCAACUGGAGCGGAACGGGAUCAGCCAGGACGAGGUGGACCCGGGCCAGGAUCAAUCGGGAAGUCAGCGGAAGAAGAAUUUGAACCUUGAUUCUGGGCACGCUUUCGAUCGUAUCCGUGGUGUCCACAGCCUGAUUGAGGUCUACAAUCCGAAUCGUUUGCCACGAGAGAAGCCAUUGAGCCUUCUCACAGCCAUGACAACUCGGGAUCAACAUUCCCAGCUGGAUGAAGCCAACCAAUGGGGGCGACAUGAGAGGAAGCGGGAGCGGAUUGAAAGCAAAAAUAUGCAGAGGAGCAGGGAGGCGAAGGCGGAUUUGGCCAGACUGGCAUUGGUUCGCCAGGAACGGGAGGCGGCUGCCGAGCGUCGGUUGGCCGCCAAAAAAGCAGCCGCCAAGGCUGCUACGUCCAGUUCUGAAAGUUUUCUCAAGAAGAUCAACCCCAAGCCACCGCUCGUGACUGUGGACUCACCACGUAAGGUCCUGGAACUAAACAGCCCCUCGGGCUAUCAAGCCAAAGACCGCACUGGAAGCAAAAAGUAAAGCAUGAGAUUAACCAACAAAAAUGGAAUACAAAAAAACGGUAGAACAUGUACAUAUAUUUAGAACGACCAGAAAUAACUCGACAAAACGUCCAAAACUAAAAGCCCAAAUAAUAAUAGGGCUUAAUCUAAAACAAAACUUUAAAAUGAUUUGAAAAUCACCCAAAUUAGAAGUUUAUUAGGAAACAAAAUCCAAAAGCCAAAGCUGUCGUUGAAAAAUUCAAAACAUCAAAUCACUGGCGACCAGCAAGACAUCGCUUUUUUAAAUGUCAUUUCUUUUGAUAUUUUCUAAUAAACAAAAAAGUCACAAGUAAAA